AUGGGACGACCGUUCAGAGUUCUGCUGGUCUUCAGUCUCGUGUUGGUCUUCAGUAUAGUGUUGGUCACUAACAAUCAAGUGACUCUUCAAGAAACAAACCAUUUCCUCUUCGCUGUUCCUGGAGACAACAUCACUCUGCCCUGUUUUAACAAAGAUGACAAAGAGUUUGAAUCAACAUAUUAUUGUGAUCAGUGCGAGAACAGCACGGACAGUCCAACAAACCCCUGCUUCUACAACCUCCACAUUCAUAAGGUGAGCUCAGAGCAAACUGGGACGUACUACUUCGCAGUGGCCGCCUGUGGACAAGUCCUGUUCGGGAACGGGACCGAGGUCAGGGUCAGUGAUGGAAUUAUUGUGAAGGUGUUGAGUGGAGCCUUGGCGUUGGCCUCAGUCCUGGUGAUGCUCCUGGCUUUCUUACUGAUCAGAGCCAUGAGGAAAAACAUGAAGGUUUCCACAGGACUUCAGCUCGGCCAAUCAGAGUCGAGCUUGUUUCUUUACAAAGUCAGGACGCAGUUCAGUGAAGAGAAGAGUUUGAAGAGAAUGGCUCCUGUGCAGAUGGUCUGUUGCCUCCUUCUCGUACAUCUGGUCACGGUGAAGAGCAAAGAUUCUCAGCCGUCGACAGAUGGAGGUGCAUCAGUAAAGACGACGCUCUUACCAGUGGUACUUGGAGAGAAUGUGACUUUGCCGUGUUUCUGUAAAAACGAUCUUCGAGGGAGACUUUACUGGUACAAACAGAGUCUGGACAACACUACGGCUGUGGUUUCUUCUUACUUUGAAACUGAAUUUUACGGUGACUUUAUCAACAACGAUCGCUUCAAACUGGAAAAAGAAGACAAUAAAAACAAUCUGGAAAUAUCACAGGUCAAAAUUUCUGAUUCAGCUGUUUAUCAUUGCCUCAGUGCAGUGGCUCAUCACAUUCAGUUCUUAGCGUCUGUUCACGUCUUUGUAAAGACUUUGAACCCUGGACUCGGCGUCCAUCAAACAGCGUCAGAACCAGUGGAAGCAGGACGUGCUCUGGUCCUUCGCUGUGAGGUAGAUUCUGGAACGUGUCUGGGGCCACACAGGGUCCAUUGGUUCAGACAGUCUGAAAAGUCUGCAGCAGUGCUCUACGGCGAGGAUCAGUGCAAGAGCGAUGAAACAAACACGACAAACUCCUGCUUCUACAACCUCCACAUUCAGAACAUGAGCUCAGAGCAAACUGGGACGUACUACUGCGCUGUGGACCUCUGUGGACAAGUCCUGUUUGGGAACGGGACCGAGGUCAGGGUCAGAGGUGACACAGUCGUCUAUGUUUUGGCUGCAGCUCUGGGCUUCUCUUCUGUCGUGGUCGUGUUGUUGACCAUCACAGUGUUCGUCACGAUGAAGAAAUACAAAAAGCAGAACACAGCAGCAGUAUUUGAAGACAGCGGUUCAUCUACAAUGGCCAGAAACAAAGAGAAUCCAACAGACAACCUCCACUACGCUGCUUUGAACGUCAAGAAGAAGUCCAGACGCCAGAGGAAGGUGGAGCCGACAGACUGUGUGUACUCCAGUGUGCGCUUGCCCCACGACAACGUUCUUCUCUGA